AUGAAUGAUGCAAUAGCUUCAUCUAGUGAAGAUGCAGUGCCUUCAAUUUCUUCACGAAAUCAACGGUCAAGGUAAUUAUUCCUUUUAAAUUCAAGGAUCUAAAUAGAUAUUUCAACUUUUAUUGUUUAGGAGACGUGGAUUUUCCUCCUCGUUGUCCACAUUUUCCCACGGAAGAUCCAAUUUUUCAUCUGGAACUCUUCCAAAUCGAAAAGAUGAAGUGAUGCCUGUAAAUACAUUAUCAACCGGACAUUCGUCCAAAAUUCUUGUUCGAUCGUAUAGAUUGGAUAGAAGUAGAAAAACACAGAAGUCGAUUUUGAUGCCAAUCGGAAGAAUACAUAAUUUGUCUGAAACGGCGUGCGGAUCGGAGAAUGAGAAUUCUCAAGAUAUUGUAUCGUCUUGUUCGACAACAAAUCAUGCGGAUGUUGAAGAAGGCGAUAUUACGAGUAAUGAACAUAUUGGUUAGUUUUCGAAAAGUUCCCUAGUUUAUAUAUGAACCUAUCCCUUUUCCAGGUUCUCAAGUUGAAUCGUCUUCACCGCCUGGCGAAUCUCCAUUUCCAUCUGUCCAUAGUUCUUAUGUUGAUCGUUUCACAUAUCCAACAAAUCGAAUGUAUUGGAAUGAUUCGAUCUUUCAAUUCAAACAACAGCAGCAACACCAUCAACAUCAACAAAAAAUAUAUGGAAGUACGGCAAAAAGAUUCUCGCUUCCAUCAACACAUAUUUUGUAUGAACGAAAUCGACAUCGCGAUUGCUCAAAUAUUGCUGAACAAGAAAAAGUGACGGAAAUGUUGAGAGCUAAAGCAGCAGAGAAUAAAUUGGUUGCGGAAGAUGAAGCUGAAAUUGAGGAAUAUACAAUAGAUCGAAAUAUUAUGUGAGUUUUGUAUUUUGGCUAGAUUUUACAACAUUUUUCUAUUUUUUUUCAGAGAUAAAGAGCUGAAAAUACGAAUAACCGGUCCUUUGGACAACGAAACAUUCGGCUAUCUUAACUCGGAUAUCGAUUAUAUGAAAGAUUUUUUCGCGAAUUUACUCAAAGAAUCAUCGGUGGAUCAAUUGACUUGGGAAAAAACUGGAAAUGUUCCGAGAGCAACUUAUGAAGAGCAAGCAUAUUCGAUUGAAGCCAAUAUUACAUUACGAGAAGAUCUUGGAUUUGUUGAUUUGUGAGUUGAUAAUUUUAUUGUCUAGAAAAAAUGAGACAGGAAAUUUUAAAAUCAGUGAUUUCUCAGGCAAGACAUGUUCAUCAAUUUCCUCGAAGAAUCAUCAAAACGGCUUCAAUGUAUGCUCCACGAUCAACCGUUUUUCGAAAUUCCGAAAUUUUCGAAUAUUUUCCCCAGAAUUUUGUAAGUCCUAUGUCAUUUUCAUUUGUCAUUAUUUUUUUACAGUCCUCAACAUUCGGAUGUUCCUUUAUCAACAAUUGCAAUCGGAAAUUGCCCAAAUCAAGGUGUUUUUCUUGUUCGAGGAGAUUAUAUAGCAAAUGAAAAUGCGAUUUGUAGUCUGUAAGUUUUUUUGCUCUGAAAAUAGUAUUUACUUCAUGAUAUUUUCUAGAAAUUUAUAUCCGCCAAACUCAACGGAUGUUUCAAGAGAAAGUCAUGCAUUCAAAGUAUCCGGAACUAAUCAAUCUUUAUCAUUUGCGAAAUUUGAGCACGACAAGCGACAAUUAAUGUUGUAUUUCGGAAUUCGACUUCCUGAUGUACCUCAAGAUGGAUUGGAAUAUGCUGGAUAUCGAUUGAAUCUUUAUUAUAAUUCAUUUGUUCGAAUUGUUGUUGAUUUAUCACAAGAGAAAACGAAUAGUUUUUAUAUUCAAUUGAAACAUCCUCCGCAGGUAAUCUCAUCUUUCUCAGAAAUAAUUUUCUAAUAAUUAUUCAUUUUCAAGUUAUGGGAAGCGAUUCCGAAAUCAUCAGUAUAUCAUCCAUCAAAAGCUCGUGUAUUGAACAUGGAAACGUGUACAGAUUGGGUUCGUGUUUUGAGUUGGCCUGGAGAUGCGGAUAAACGUGGAAUUGGAUGCUCUGAAGAAGCUUUUGCUCAAAGUUGUUGGAUUCGAAUUGUUUUUCGAAAAGAUUCGGAAAGUGGAUUUGUAAGUUUUUUUAAUUUUAAUUUUUUUUAAUCAACAAAAUGUUCUAGAAUGUGUCGCAUCAAUUUAUGGAAAUUGCCAGUCGAUUAUCAGCUAGAAGUUCAGCCAAACUUCAAUUUGGUUCAAUAUUUUCAAUUCGACGCAAACUUACACCAACUCCUCCGAUUUGCUCAUUGGGUUCAUUUCGAGCCGAUUAUUCAUUACAGGCAUUAAUAACAAGAGGAAGUGUUGUAACAGAUCAACUGUUUGAUUGGGCUUCUACCCAAUUUCCAAGUGUUAAAGGAGAGCCAAUUGAAUUAGAAAAAGAGCCAAUGUUUUUGAAAAUUGUGCGAAGAAGUAUGAAAGAAUGUUCGAGAGCUUGUGAAGAAACAUUGGAACAAUUAUUGAAUUCAAUUGAUGAACGAAGAGUUAUUGAUUUACUUGAUGCCUUUUACACACUUUUCAAGGUAAAAUAUAAUUCUCUGGCGAAUUUUUAAAUCAAUUUUCAGUCGAGACGAGAUCAAUACGAACGUUUAUUGAGUGGCGAACGUAUUCAAGACAUUGGACUUUCAAAACCUCUUCCUAAAAAUUGCGUAGCAGUUCCGAAAGUUAUUGUUUGCCCAACUCGUGUUCUUCUAAUGGCUCCAGAAGUUAUGAUGAUUAAUCGAGUUGUUCGAAAAUUUGGACCGGAUUAUGCUCUUCGAUGUGUUUUUCGAGAUGAUAAUGGAGGUCGAUUGGUGCUUCGUGAUUUUUCGCUUGGAAAUAUUGAUCGUGAGUUUUUUUAUAGAAAGCAUUCAUAAACUAAAUAGGUUCCCCUAGCCAUCUUUUUUUUUUUAAUUUUUAACAGUGUUAAAAAAUAAAUUUGAGUUGAAAUAAUUUUUAACAUUGUUAAAAAAAAUAAAUUUGAGUUGAAAUAAUUUUUAACAUUGUUAAAAAAAAUAAAUGUGAGUUGAAAUAAUUUUUAAGUUUUUUUAUCGGAAACAUUCAUAAACUAAAUAGGUUCCCCUAGCCAUCUUUUUCAGUUAGCUUUGAAAAAUUUCCAAAGUUAAACCCUUUUUUCCAGAUAUUUCAAAUAUUUUCUCUGAAACCAUCUAUAAUACACUGAAAUAUGGAAUAUUUAUUGCUGAUCGAGUUUAUAGUUUUCUUGGCUGGAGUAAUUCACAAAUGCGUGAUCAAGGAUGUUAUUUAUAUGCCCCGAAAAUUGAUCCAAAUACUGGAAAAAUGUCAGGAACUGUUGAAGAAAUCAGAGAAUGGAUGGGUGAUUUUCGAGAAGCAAUAAGUGUUCCAAAAAUGAUGAGUCGAAUGGGACAAUGUUUUACACAAGCACAACCAACUGUAAAAUUGAUGAAAAAACAUUGGAUUGUUGAAUAUGAUAUUGAAGGAGGAUAUAAUAAUAAAUAUUGUUUUUCUGAUGGAUGUGGAAGAAUAUCAUUCAAAUUAGCGCAAAAAAUCACAAAAAUGUUGAAUUUGAAAGAAGUUCCUGCGUGUUUUCAAGUGCGAUUCAAAGGAUUCAAGGGAAUUGUUGUGAUUGAUCCAAUGAUUGAUGAGAUAAUUGAUAUGCCAAAAAUCAUAUUUCGAAAAAGUCAACGGAAAUUUUUGGAUGGAUCUGGUGGAAUGACGCCGGAUUAUUUGGAAGUUGUCAAAUAUGCAAUGCCUUCACCAGUUUGUUUAAAUCGACCAUUUAUUACAAUUCUUGAUCAAGUAUCGGAAAAACAAUCGGCUUUGUUGCAUCAGAAAAUUGUUGCAAGAGUUCAUUAUUAUUUGGAAAGAGAAUUGUCGCUUUUAAGCAGUUAGUUGGCCAUUUUUACAGGGGAAUUCCAUAACAAUUCAGUUUUAUGGAUUUUUAAAAAUUCGAUACUGUAGACACGUUUUUGGAGCAUUUUAGUUUUUGCCGGGUUUCCGAAAAAAUGUAAUUCAGAUUUCCUCAAUGAUAUUUUUGCAGAUAUGUUGGUAAAUGAAAAAUGUGCGGCCGAAGAACUAAUGAAUAGAUCAAAUCUACCAAUCGAUUGGAUUCAUGCAAGUGCAUCUUGUGGUUUCCAAUUAACAACAGAUCCUUUUAUCCGAAAUAUGAUUGUAUCAAUUUAUCGCUAUAAUAUUAUUCAUCAUAUUUCAAAAGCCAAAAUAUUUCUACCCGGAAAUAUGGGAAGAUCAAUGUAUGGUGUUGUUGAUGAAACUGGUUUACUUCAACAUGGUCAAGUAUUUAUACAAUAUUCACCUUCGCUACGACAAACUAGUAAGAAACCAAUUUUACUUAGCGGCAAAGUUUUGAUCACAAAAAAUCCGUGUCAUGUUCCUGGAGAUGUUCGAGUUUUCGAUGCAGUUUAUCAGCCAUCACUUGCACAUCUUGUUGAUGUUGUUGUGUUUCCACAACACGGACCACGUCCACACCCAGAUGAAAUGGCUGGAUCCGAUUUGGAUGGAGAUGAAUAUUCGGUGAUUUGGGAUCAAGAGAUGUUGUUGAAUUACAAUGAAAAGGCUAUGAUAUUUCCGAGUAGUAGUGCAAUUGAAGAAGAUAAAGAACCAACGACUGAUGAUAUGGUUGAAUUUUUCCUGAAAUAUUUACAACAGGAUUCGAUUGGUAGAAUGAGUAACGCGCAUUUGGCAUUUGCUGAUUAUAAUGGACUUUUUCAGUGAGUAACAACUAUUUUUUUUUUAUUUUUGAAGUUAAUUUUUAAUUUUUGAAGUGAACAUUGUCAUUCAAUUGCAUUGAAGUGCUCAGUUGCUGUUGAUUUUCCGAAAAGUGGAGUGCCAGCAGAACCAUUGGCAAGUUAUGAACAAUGUGAUGUGACACCUGAUUAUAUGAUGUCUGGUGGAAAACCAAUGUAUUACAGUACUCGAUUGAAUGGUCAAUUAUAUCGGUUAGUGAAAUUUGGGAUUUUUUAAAUUAAAAUUUGGGUCUCAAGGCGUGUUUUGGCCAAACUUGGAGUUUUUCCAAUGAAUAUUUUUUUCUUCAGAAAAGCUCGAAAAGUUGAAGAAAUAUUGGAAGAAUAUGAAAGGCGUGGAAGUAUUUUCGAAGGAGAUUAUGAUAAAAUAUUGUGUCCAGAUGAUAUUGAUGUAUUUCAUGGAAAUGAAAAAUCACUUUGGGCUGCAGUUUCUAUCAGAGAUGAUUAUUCGAGAAGAAUUCAGGUAUACUCUACAAAGUAGUUUGUUAUUAUUUUUCAAAAAUAUUUUAUUACAGCAAUUAUUGGAUGAAUAUGGAAUUGAAGAUGAAGCAUCAAUUGUUAGUGGACAUGCAGCAAUUAUAAAAAGAUUGGCCGGAAUGGAAAAAGAUGAUUAUUCAUUUUAUCAUACGGAUAAAGUUGUUGAAUUGAGAUAUGAAAAAUUGUUUGCCACAUUUCGCUAUAAGUUUUUCGAAGAAUUUGGUGGAGAAGAUGAACACACGGUGACGGAAAAUCGAAAGAGAUAUGUGAGAUGUACGACUGCGAUGCACGAGAAAAUACGACAGUGGUAUUAUGUUUCGUAUGUUAUGCCGAGGAAAAAUAAAAGUGGAUCGAAAGUUGGACAAAGUUUACCAUGGGUUGUUUGGGAGGUUUUGUGUGAUUUGAGACGGAAAUUGGUGAGUUAAAGAAGUGUACCGCUGGUCAGAAUUGUUUUCGGAAUUUUGUCCUGUCCUUGACCUCCGGAAUAUCCAACAGUUCCGGCAGAAUUUGAGUGAAUACAGUAUUUCCGAACUGCAAAUAGAUACAGUAUAUCUCUGCCUGAAUUCUUUCAAAAUACAUAAAUUUUUGAAAUGCAAAAAAAUUAUAUUAGUUACAGUAUCCCCGAAGUAGAUUAUCGGGAUUUGCAAAUUAGGAAAAAAAAUUGGAAAAUUGGAUUUUCCGAAAAUUAUUCUGACCAGCCCUUUUUCUUUUUUUUUUCGAAAUGUUCAUUUUUCCAGAUUCUUGAUAAAGAUCAACCAAUAAUUAGUAUCAAAUAUCCAAUUGCAAAUCGAUUUGUCGAAGAAAUUCAGAAUUCAAUUGUUCAAAAACCAAACGAAUUCGAAAAAUUCAAAAUUCGAGUGCAAACGGACAAAAAAGCAUAUGCAAUAAAAAGGUAA